AAUCGAUUUCGCACACCAUUAUGAUAUUGACACAUAAUUUUGGCGGUUUUGUGAAUAUUUACUCUUGAUUUACUCCGUGGUGAUAGUGGUAGAAGAAACGUUUAAUAUUUGGCUAAAAAGAUUUAUACUUGAUUUGUUUAGUUAUGAAUGUCUAACUAUUUCUAGUAACAAAUUUCUCUAUUAGGUAAUUUUAUAAUCAAAUUGGAAUAGAGGUUAAACAGCUUUUUAAUUCUCCGUUUUUAGUUUUUUUUUACUAUAGAUUAUUCCUAUUUAAAAUAAACGCUUGAUUUAUAAGAAUAAAAUGGUGAGUGAGAAAUUUUUGUUAAUUGUGUAUUGAUCAAAAACAUUUUGUUACCUUCACCUGGUUUUUUAUAUUUCAGGUAGGUCAUUACGAUGAAAACUUGUUAUCUGAUAUGCUGCCACUGUAUUACACGAAAUAUUUUCCUCAAAAUAUAUUUUGUAGAUGGCUUUGUUGUGGAUGUAGUCCCCAGCCACUUUCAAAUAGGGAAUUGUCUUUUACUCUAGCUGAUGAUGUUUAUUUACGUUAUUUGUCAAUAAGUGAUCAAAAAGAGCUACAGACUUUGUUUCAAAAGAAAUGUCCACAUAAAUUGGAUAUAGGUGCAGUGUAUAACACUAAGCCUUCAAUAGCUAGACAUGAUUCAGUGGUUUUGGCUAGAGAGCUCGUAUUUGACAUUGAUCUCACAGAUUAUGAUGAGGUACGGACUUGUUGCAAGGAAGCCAAAGUAUGUGAAAAAUGCUGGAAGUUCAUGGUGAUUGCAUGUGAAAUUAUUGAUAAAGCACUAAAAGAUGACUUUGGCUUCCAGAACAUCUUAUGGGUUUUUUCUGGAAGACGCGGUAUCCACUGUUGGGUUUCAGACUAUGAAGCUAGAGUACUCGACAGUCCAGGCAGAGGAGCCGUUGCUGAUUAUCUUUGUUUGAUAAUGGGUGGUGACAAUCAGAACAAAAAAGUUAAUUUAGGAAAUGAUAAUUUGCAUACAAGCAUCAGGCGGGCAUUGGAUAUAAUUGAUAAAUAUUUUGAAGAAAUUUUGCAAGAUCAAGAAUUUUUUUCAACAAAUGAUGGACUGAAAGCUUUUUUAAAACAAAUACCCGACGACAAUUUGCGUUCUCAAACAGAAAAAAAAUUGGAGAAAUUACCUGAAUCAUCAUUAGAAAGAUGGAGAAAUUUUAUUUCCCUUUAUGAGACUUAUUGCAGAGAAAAUGGAUUUGCUGUUAGAAAAAUUAAGUAUCUAGUUGAGGAAAUCAAAGUUCAGUAUUGCUAUCCUCGUUUAGAUGUAAAUGUUACAAAGGGAUUCAAUCAUUUGCUGAAAUCACCAUUUAGCAUACAUCCUAAGACUGGGAAAGUGUCAGUUGUAUUCAAACCUACCAAUGCUAGAAAAAUGAAAUUGAGCGAUGUACCUACUAUACAAUCUUUGCUUGAUGACAGCACUGCCGAUAGUACGGAACAUCAAAAUAAUAUGAAAACGUCUGUGAAAAUAUUUCAGGAAGUUGUAUUUUCGUUAGAGAAAGCAGAGGCAAUGAGAAGAAAAGCCGAUGCAAGUGAGUAAUAAUUAUAAUACUAACUUUCUGCCAGCGGCUUCGCCAGUGUGGUCCUGUA